AUGGUUGCCUCCGCAUCGCGACGCCAGCGCCGCCUCCGAGCGCACGAACACGCCGAGUCCACCGCCCGUGAAGCAGGCACGCACAACGCCGGCGUCAACUCCAACUCCAACGCCAGUACCGGCGCCGACGACGCCAAAGACGUCGCGAAGACAGACGACAACAAAAAUCCCGGCGCCGACGCCAAUCCUGUCACCGCCAAAGACACCACAAUGACCGACGCGGACAACCACAACAACCACAACCCCUCCACGACGAGCAAUCCGCCCCCCGCCCGCAGAAUACCACGCAUCUUUACCCUCCCCACCGAACUCACCCAGUACAUCUUCUUCUCCACCAUGCCUGACGAACUCAUGUUGUUCGACCCCACCAACAUCCUCGACAUCAUCGUCUCAUACCACCGGCUCCGCCUCGUGUGCAGCAGGUUCCACGCCGAGAUGGACUUUGUGUUCGAAAUGUGGAAACGGCGCCGGCAGGAGCUGCUGGAACCGUGGGUGGAGCGGGAGGUGAGCAAGAGGCCGUGGAAGAAGACGAGAUCGUGGACGUCAAUGAGAGAUUCGAAGAGGAUGGGAUUGCUGCUGGAGGGCGAGGAGGAGUUGGUGGAGAAGGACAUCGCGAAGGAGAGGGUCUUUAGGAGGAAGAAGAAGAGGUGGCUGAGGGGGAAGAAGAGGAUCGAGGAGGAGAAGAUGUGGCGGAAGCGGUUGGAGAAGAGAAAGAGGGAGGGGGAAAAGAGACACUUCAAGCUGGUUGCGAAGAUGGCGGCGGGCAAGACUGGCUCGGACGGGGAGAAGGAGAAGCCCCGGAAGCCCCCGAACCCCCCGCCGUCUUCCUAUCAGCCGAACGCGGAACAUCGCCGACAUGUCCUUUUCCAUAAGAACCGUAAGCAUGUCAUUUUCGACUAG